GCUGCACCGGAAAUUCCUGCUGAGUUAACGAGGAGGAAUUCUUGCAUCCGGAAGGUCUUGAUCUGCACUGUGUCGCGUAGUAUCGGAACAAGUAUUGGACGAUGGUUUAUUCGUGAGUUUCAAGAUUCGGGAUAGUGAAAAACAGGAUUUAAGACAUGGAUAGUCGUCUACAGGAGAUCCGGGAGCGACAGAAGUUACGGCGACAGCUCCUCGCUCAGCAGUUGGGAGCUGAAAGUGCUGACAGCAUCGGAGCUGUAUUAAAUAGCAAAGAGGAACAGAGAGAAAUUGCCGAAACAAGAGAAACUUGUAGGGCUUCCUAUGAUACUGCUGCUCCGAAUGCAAAACGUAAGUACUUGGAUGAAGGAGAGGCAGAUGAAGACAAAGUGGAAGAAUACAAGGAUGAACUAGAAAUGCAACAGGAAGAAGAAAAUUUGCCAUAUGAAGAAGAGAUUUACAAAGAUUCUAGUACUUUUCUUAAGGGAACACAGAGUUUAAAUCCUCAUAAUGAUUACUGCCAGCAUUUUGUAGACACUGGGCAUAGACCUCAGAAUUUCAUCAGGGAUGUAGGUUUAGCUGACAGAUUUGAAGAGUACCCAAAACUAAGGGAACUCAUUAGGCUAAAGGAUGAAUUAAUAGCUAAAUCUAACACUCCUCCUAUGUACUUACAAGCAGAUAUAGAAGCUUUUGAUAUCAGAGAACUAACACCCAAAUUUGAUGUGAUUCUUUUGGAACCUCCUUUAGAAGAAUAUUACAGAGAGACUGGCAUCACUGCUAAUGAAAAAUGCUGGACUUGGGAUGAUAUAAUGAAGUUAGAAAUUGAUGAGAUUGCAGCACCCCGGUCAUUUAUAUUUCUGUGGUGCGGUUCUGGAGAGGGAUUGGACCUUGGAAGAGUGUGUUUACGAAAAUGGGGUUACAGAAGAUGUGAAGAUAUUUGUUGGAUUAAAACCAAUAAAAACAAUCCUGGGAAAACUAAGACUUUAGAUCCCAAGGCUGUUUUCCAGAGAACAAAGGAACAUUGCCUUAUGGGGAUCAAAGGAACUGUGAAGCGUAGCACAGAUGGGGACUUUAUUCAUGCUAAUGUUGACAUUGACUUAAUUAUCACAGAAGAACCUGAAAUUGGAAAUAUAGAAAAACCUGUAGAAAUUUUUCAUAUAAUUGAGCAUUUUUGUCUUGGUAGAAGACGUCUUCAUCUAUUUGGAAGAGAUAGUACAAUUCGACCAGGCUGGCUUACAGUUGGACCAACACUAACAAACAGCAACUACAAUGCAGAAACAUAUGCAUCUUAUUUCAGUGCCCCAAAUUCGUACCUGACUGGAUGUACAGAGGAAAUUGAGAGACUUCGACCAAAGUCGCCCCCUCCCAAAUCCAAAUCUGAUCGGGGCGGUGGAGCUCCCAGGGGUGGAGGUAGAGGAGGAACUUCUGCUGGCCGGGGUCGAGAAAGAAAUCGAUCCAACUUCCGAGGAGAAAGAGGUGGCUUUAGAGGAGGCCGUGGAGGAACACACAGAGGUGGCUUUCCGCCUCGAUGACUGUUAGACACUGGUGCUCCUAAUGCUCCUCUGACCUUUCUACUGUGGGAGACUUCAUUCUAGCUUGUGCUUUGCUAGUUUCUCUAAGCUACCAGGAAUAUAACUUUGCACCUUGCAGUUGUCACACACAGUGGCUGGUUUGUUACAGGAUAAAUGAGUGAUCCUGCCUUUUGUCAUGUGCAUCUACCUGACCAGAAUGGAACAACCCAAGUAGCUUCAUGUUCAGGAACUGAAUUUGUUCUAAUUCCAGCCAACUGCAAAGGCAUUUGCUGUGUAGAAAUAGUUGGGAAGUGCAGAUGACUUGCUGACAGAAGUUGAUAAGGCACAUCCUGCCACUGCUGCCCCAGCAGAGUGGAAACUGGGAGCCUUGGUAGAAUGGAGUUGGGACAGAUGGCCAGCUUCUAGCAGGGCUUUUACCAGUUGCUUGUUGAAAUGAUAAAAACAAGUAGACUUUGUGUUUUUGGUUUUUUCCUUUAAAAUUUUUUUAAAAAUCCAAAUGUAAUUUGAAUACUGAAGAAAUGGAGAGAUUUUGAACAAAAUCCCCUCCUUUCAUAUAUUGAUCUGAGAUAUUAAUCUGGAGCUUCCAAGGAUGGUUAAGAAAGCUGGAAGACUUAACAGGCCGACUUAGAAAAACAUCAUAAUUUUAGUUGUGUAGCUGGCUCUUAAUUGUGCCUCUUAAGAAAAAAAUGAAGAUAUCCAAGUGUGAGGAUUUUGGUGUAGAUGUGAACUUGACUGACCUUCAGUGCAGUCUCAUAUUCCCCUGUUAUAAAAGUAACGGAAGUAUUAAAAUAGAGACACCUCCUUAUCGGGUUUGGCCUAACCAUUUUGAGAAACAAGCACUUGGUGAUGAGGAAUGGCAUAUGCAUCUUUAACCUUGAUAACUUUCAUGUAAAAGCAGUUUAUUUGAAAAUCCUCAAAGAAUAUAACUUGGAAAAUGGAAAUGCAUUUCACUUUUAUUAAAACCACAGUGUGAUAACUUGUUUUUAAGGGGCGGAUGGUGUGGACCAGUUAGUUAUAUAUGAGCUCAUGCUGUUAUUUCUCUUCCUAUACUGUUAACUCACGUUUAAAUGCAUUUAAUGAGAUCAGACCAUUAUUAUUCUUAAUAAAUGCUGCUUUAUUUUGUUACAGUUUUUCUAAUGAAACUUUAAACCUUUGAAAUUUGAGUCUUGGUUUUCCCUAUCUGGAAUUACUGUUAGUAC